CACUAUCAUCCUGAGUUUACAUGGCACCGAAUAUCUGCUACCCACUCACUCAUGCAGCUUGUAGGGGAAAGUGUAUACUGGCGAAAUAUUCAACAAGUCCAAAGAUCCAACAUAUUCCUCUUCCUCGUGAUUUUACGGUAUACGCUAUAGGCAUGGGACGAGUCUGCUAUAUUGGCCCGCUGGAGCUACGAGUACUGUAAAUGGAUAAUAUAUCGCUUAUACAUGACCUCCAUAUCCCUCAAGCGCGUCUUUGCACUACCAAUCACUCCUUCAUGGCUUCAAUGUAUCAGUAAUGUUUAUGGAGACGACCCCCAAUCCGGCCAUGGAGUUCCAUGAAGUUACUGACGAAGAGCGCACAGACUUAAAUGUAUUGUUGAAGAUGAAGUGCAAGAAUCUACUAAUUGAAAUAGAUCGUCUAGAAGGGCGAUGGAUGAUGCUGAGGUUCUCAUACCUCACGAUAGUCUUCCUACCAGCAAGUUUCAUUGCGUCCAUCUUUGGGAUGAAUGUCAAAGAGAUCAAACAAUGGGACUCAAACACUCGCUCGCUACGUGGUGACCACCGUUGCGCUCACGCUUUUCACGAUUUAGUACAUCGUCACCAUGCUUCAGAGACAACGGUUCCGCAAAUGCCAUGCUACCUUGCUGCAGCGCGCAGUGUGGCCCAUUCUUUUCCUCUGGAUAACUAAUGGCAACCAAUCAUAUUACAAAAUUCAGAUCUGAAUUAGAAACCAAUAAUAUAUUUUUGGCUUCAAGGACUCGGAGGUUCA